UCCCAGGGGCUGACUGGAAACCCUGUCCUGGGCGUACUUCCCCAGCUCCUCCCCAGGUGACGUCGCCGCCCGCCCCUUGACCCUCGCGGCACCGCCCCCUUCCCUGCCUCCCGGACUUGCUGCAGUCUCUCGGAAGGCGAUGGAGCGCUCCGAGCCGUUGGCUGUGCUUUCCUGUGAAGAGGCGUCCUGCUCCUCCUGGGGAGCCUGCGGUGCAAGUAAAAAUUCGCCGACGAUGACAACAGAAUCUUUGGAAAUUGAUGAUGGAUUAUACAGUCGACAGAGAUAUGUUCUUGGUGACACGGCAAUGCAGAAGAUGGCCAAGUCCUGUGUCUUCUUAAGUGGUAUGGGUGGUCUUGGAGUGGAAAUUGCCAAGAAUCUUGUUCUUGCAGGGAUUAAGGCACUGACAAUUCAUGAUACAAAAACAUGCCAGGCAUGGGACCUAGGGACCAAUUUCUUCUUGUGUGAAGAUGAUGUUGUUAAUGAGAGAAACAGGGCCGAAGCUGUACUUCAUCGUAUUGCAGAACUUAAUCCAUAUGUUCAGGUCUCAUUAUCCUCUGCCCCUUUUGAUGAAACCACAGACCUCUCCUUCUUAGAAAAAUAUCAGUGUGUGGUAUUGACUGAAAUGAAACUGACAUUACAAAAGAAAGUCAACAACUUUUGCCAUUCUCAUUGUCCUCCAAUUAAGUUUAUUAGUACAGAUGUACAUGGAAUUUGGUCCAGGUUGUUUUGUGAUUUUGGUGAUGAAUUUGAAGUUUCAGAUACAACAGGAGAAGAACCAAAAGAAAUUUUCAUUUCAAACAUAACGCAAGCUAAUCCAGGUAUUGUCACUUGCCUUGAAAAUCAUCCUCACAAGCUUGAGACAGGACAGUUCCUAACAUUUCGAGAAAUUAAUGGAAUGACAGGCUUAAAUGGAUCUGUACAACAGAUAACUGUCACAUCACCAUUUUCCUUCAGCAUUGGUGAUACUACUGAGCUGGACCCAUAUUUACAUGGAGGCAUAGCUGUGCAGGUUAAGACUCCUAAAACAUUCUGCUUUGAACCCCUGGAGAGCCAGAUAAAACAUCCAAGGUGCCUUAUUGCAGAUUUUAGCAAACCUGAGGCACCUUUACAGAUUCAUGUCGCUAUGCUGGCCUUGGACCAGUUCCAGGAAAACUACAGUCGUAAGCCAAAUAUCAGGUGUCAGCAAGAUUCAGAUGAACUGUUGAAGCUAACAAUAUCUAUAAGUGAAACCUUAGAAGAGAAGCCUGAAGUGAAUACUGACAUUGUGCACUGGCUUUCGUGGACUGCCCAAGGCUUUUUACCCCCACUUGCUGCUGCAGUUGGGGGUGUCGCUAGCCAAGAAGUAUUAAAAGCUGUGACCGGGAAGUUUUCUCCUUUGUGUCAAUGGUUGUAUCUUGAAGCAGCAGAUACUAUAGAAUCCCUGAACAGUCCUGGGCAUGAGGAGUUUCUCCCACGAGGAGAUAGAUAUGAUGCCUUACGUGCCUGCAUUGGAGAUACAUUGUGUCAGAAGCUACAAAAUUUGAAUAUCUUCUUAGUAGGAUGUGGCGCCAUAGGCUGUGAAAUGUUAAAAAAUCUUGCAUUACUGGGUGUUGGUACAGGCAGAGAGAAAGGAAUGGUCACAGUUACAGAUCCUGACUUGAUAGAAAAAUCCAACUUAAACAGGCAGUUCCUAUUUCGUCCUCAUCACAUACAGAAACCUAAAAGCUAUACUGCUGCUGAAGCAACUCUGAAAAUAAAUCCUCAAUUAAAAAUAGAUGCACACCUGAACAAAGUUUGUCCAGCCACUGAGAGUAUAUACAGUGAUGAAUUUUACACUAAGCAAGAUAUCAUUAUUACAGCACUAGAUAAUGUGGAAGCCAGGAGAUAUGUAGACAGUCGCUGUUUAGCAAAUCUACGGCCUCUCUUAGAUUCUGGAACAAUGGGCACCAAGGGACACACUGAAAUUAUUGUACCUCAGUUGACUGAAUCUUAUAAUAGUCACCGAGACCCCCCAGAAGAGGAAAUACCAUUUUGCACUCUCAAGUCCUUUCCAGCAGCUGUCGAGCACACUAUCCAGUGGGCGAGAGACAAGUUUGAAAGUUCCUUCUCCCACAAGCCUUCACUGUUUAACAAAUUUUGGCAAACCUAUCCUUCAGCAGAAGAUGUCUUACAGAAGAUACAGAAUGGACAGAGUUUAGAAGGCUGUUUUCAAGUUAUUAAGCUACUUAGCAGAAGACCUAGAAUUUGGUCCCAGUGUGUAGAAUUAGCAAGACUAAAGUUCGAAAAAUACUUUAACCAUAAGGCUCUCCAGCUUCUUCACUGUUUUCCUCUUAACACACGAUUAAAAGAUGGCAGUUUGUUUUGGCAGUCACCAAAAAGGCCACCUUCUCCAAUAAAAUUUGAUUUAAAUGAACCUUUGCACCUCAGUUUUCUUCAGAAUGCUGCAAAACUAUAUGCUACAGUAUAUUGCAUUCCAUUUUCAGAAAAGGACUUAUCAGUGGAUAACCUCAAGGACAUUCUUUCAGAAGUUAAAAUUCAGGAAUUCAAGCCUUCCAACAAGGUUGUUCAAACAGAUGAAACUGCAAAGAAACCCGACCAUGUUCCUGUCUCCAGUGAAGAUGAGAGAAAUGCUGUUUCACAGCUAGAAAAUGUUCUUUCCUCUAAUAAAGCUACCAAAAGUGACCUUCAGAUGACAGUGCUUUCAUUUGAAAAAGAUGACGACAGUAACGGACAUAUAGAUUUCAUCACAGCUGCUUCCAACCUUCGAGCCAAAAUGUAUAGCAUUGAACCAGCUGACCGUUUUAAAACUAAACGUAUAGCUGGUAAAAUUAUACCUGCUAUAGCAACAUCUACCGCUGCAGUUUCUGGCUUGGUUGCCUUGGAGAUGAUCAAGGUAGCUGGUGGCUAUCCCUUUGACGCUUACAAAAACUGUUUCCUUAAUUUAGCCAUUCCAAUAAUAGUGUUUACAGAGACAUCUGAAGUAAGAAAAACUGAAAUCAGAAAUGGAAUAUCGUUUACGAUUUGGGACAGAUGGACUGUACAUGGAAAAGAAGAUUUUACCCUCUCAGAUUUCAUAAAUGCUGUCAAAGAAAAGUAUGGAAUUGAGCCGACAAUGGUGGUGCAGGGAGUCAAAAUGCUUUAUGUCCCUGUAAUGCCAGGUCAUGCAAAAAGGCUAAAGUUAACAAUGCACAAACUUGUGAAACCUUCCACUGAGAAGAAAUAUGUGGAUCUUACUGUGUCGUUUGCCCCAGAUGCUGAUGGAGAUGAAGAUUUGCCAGGCCCUCCAGUAAGAUACUACUUCAGUCAUGACACUGAUGAGUAGACGUUCCGGAGAUACUCCAGGACUACUUUGUUUUGGAAAGUGUACUUAAUUCAGAAACUCAGCUCAUAAUACUGUGGAUUUCUUUUUGCCUUAACAUAAGGGAAACAUGAGUAGGAAACUUUAACUACAGUGAAGAAUUGCAAAACAUUUUGAAGCAUAGUACACAUUUGUUGCUUCCUACAGUUUACGAUCACAGCAACUUUGAACUGGAAUACCAUUUUCUAAUGCUUACAAGAUUGCUUAUUAAGCCCUGUGGAUGAAAGAAGGAACAAGAAAUCAUUUAUCUAUGACCAGAAGAAAUAAAGAUGAAGAAAUUGAAAAUAGUAAAUUUGUGCUAUUCAGAAAGCUAAAUCCUAUUUCAAGGUUUUCUUUUUUAUUUGGUAUUUGAGACCCAUUAUUUCAAUAUAAGUAGUGUGGCACUGAACUGCUUACAUGACUAGGCUUUGAGAAUACCAUAGCUGAGAGGAGGAGGAUGGCAAUAGAUGACAUGUGGAUUUAAAACUGUAGUUACACUCGGGUCCUGUUACCUCUGCUAACCGUGCGUUAUAUUCCUUCCUCCCCAAAGUCAGGACUGUCCCUGAUCUGAUCAGUGUUGUAAAUAAUGAGGUAAGAUGACAUGUUAACUUGGACUACAGGUCAACAGUAUUACAUGCACUCUGAAACUCAUAGAAAAUCCAUGAAUGUGAGCAGAUAAAUAUGGCUAAUCACUUGAUUGUUAAUAUACCUUUAUUUUAUUUAUCUGGAGGUCUAACCUAGUCAUAGUAUAUAAGACCAAAAUGUUUUAUAAAGGGAAUAUUCUUAGAAAUACAUGAAAGUUAGAGAUUUAAUACUAAAUCAGUAGUCUUUUUUCCCUUUCCAGCAAUGUAAUGGAGAAAAUAUAUAUAUAUAUAUUAUUUUUUUUAAAAGGAAGCAUGUCAUUUCACUCUUCAUUCCCAAAUUGGGAAAUGACCGAAAUAGAAAAUAUUAUAUUUUUUUAGGUUUUUCUUUAUUGAAAAAAAUACUCCGUUUCCUGAUAUGAACAGUUGCUAUUAAUGAUAAAAUUGGGUCCAUUAAAAUAUAUAAACAGUACUUGACUAUAAAAUCAGUGAAAACAGUAAGUGAGUCUUUUUUUACAAGGGUUAUCAUGCAUUCUAAACAAGUUCUUACAGCCUCUUGAAGUUACGUGCCUGGAGUUCCUAUUCUUGUUAAGACCAUUACUAAAUACUUUGAAUUAAAAUUUAGAUUGCAUCAGUAUUAACUCCAACGGUAUCUCUUUACACUCUGUACUUACUUUCCAUUUACAAACAGUUUAAAAUCUCUAUGGUAACCAGCUUUUUGUUUCCUCCUUAUAUGAAGUGUCCAUUUGGGAAAUGGGAUGAGUUUGUGUAAUAAAAUGUUCUGUUCAAUGAGAGACGGAGAAAAGUGGACAGGAUCCAUCUUAAAGGACUGGCUACCUUUAAAAUAAACUAUAGUUUUUAUCAUAUACCCUUUGCCAUUGUUCGUAAAUUGAAUCCAUGAACAUCAAAGGCUCUGUGGUUUAGAACUUAAUGAGAAAAAGAAGUCUUUUUCUCCAGUUUUCACUUUUUUUCCUUCUCUUUGGUAGUAACAUAUUUUCUAGGUAAUCAUUCAGGACUCAUUCAGCCUGGCGCUAUUUACAUAAGUCUUCAUGUAUAUUUGGAACCAUGCUUGGUAGAGUGCUUUAGUAAUUAAAAUCAACCAGGUUAAGUUGGUUUGUAAUUAAACCCACAACCAUUUUGCCAUUGGGUUUUGGUUUUGGUUUUCUAUAGUUAGUGAUUAUUACUGUCCUUCUAAAUUUUACUGAACUGGAAAGCCAUAAGGAAGUUAAUGACAAAAUUUUUUGUUUAUUUUGUACUUUAAGAUUCUUGGUACUGAAAUAUAGCUAUUGAAUACUGGGUGCAAAAAACAAAGUAAAGAAGAAAAUUGGUGUUACUCCAUUUGGUUUGUGGUUUGUUUGUUUUUUUAAUACUAAAAGUAAGAGAAGUUUUAGGUAUCAUUCUUACCUGCUCUACGGUUCAUCGCAGAGAAUUUAAUUACACCUCUUUUCUGUGGUUAAUGCUGCUAUUGUCUCCUCGCUUUUAUGCUUUGCAAGCAGACUAGUAUGGGGCAUAUAAGUCAAAGAGGGAAUGUGUUUUUAGCAAGCUCAAAGCCCUACCUUUAAUAUACAGGUGCAAAAAUAAAUGAGAAAAAAGGGCAGAAAUACUCACUCCAGGAGAAACUUAGUUUGAGGUUUCUAAAGGUCUUGGAGCAGUUGUGUUACAUGCCUUAUUCCUUAUGCAUUGUUCCAGAAGUAGAACUUGGAAUCACUAUAUAUUACAUUUAUAAUUUCUCUUUCAUGACACAUUGUUGGGACAGCAUCAGAAUACAAAAACAUAGCCAUAGCUGGGGUUGUAACUCUACAGUAGACAAGUACACAAGAUAUAAACAGUACACAGGGCUCUGGGUUUGAGUCCUUACUCACAAACAAAAUCACAAAGUUUAGAUUUUAGAGGAAAUACCAACAGGCAAUUUGUGUUUGCUUUUCUCUUACUGUAUCUUGAAAUGGUGUGUGUGUGUGUGUGUGUGUGUGUGUGUGUGUGUGUGUGUGUGUGUGACUUGUUUUGCCUGCAUGUAAAUGUGCCACAUGUAUGCAGUGCUCAUGAAGCCAGAAGAGGGUGUUGGAUCCCCCGAGACCAGAAUUACAGACAGUUGUGACCUGCCGUAUUCUUCCUUGGGAGCAAACACAGGUUCGCUGGAAGGGCAGCCAGUUAUCUUAACCACUGAGCCAUCACUCCAGCCCCCAAAGCGUCCUUGUUUUUGAGAAAUGCAUGGUGAAAGUAUAGAAAAUGUGAAUAUACAGUUUAAGGCAUAAUUUUAAGGUGAUUUCUUUUCUAACCAAUAUUGAAAUCAAUAGAACAUUAGUAUCAGAAACCUUCCUGAUCCCUCUCCAGUCACAAACCUUUUAAAUACCCUUGAUAAUUACUGUGGCCUUCUUUUUGUAUUAACGGUUGCAGUCACCUCGUUCCUUCUGGAGUUACCCCCACUAUAUAUGCAAAUCUAAGCAGAACAGUUUAGUUCUGCCUGCUUCUGAACUGUAUGUAAAGAAUCGUUCUGCAUUGUUUUGUGUCUGUCACUCAUCAUAAUUCAUCUAUGUUUGUUGUAGCCGUACUUUAUUGACCAUUGCUGUAAUACUUUACUGUUGUAUUAAUAUACUAGUUUAUUGACUGUUGUAUUGACUGUGAAUAAUGAAGAUGUAUUCUGGAUAAUUACAGUUCUAUAAUAAAUGUGUUGUAUUCACACA